AUGGGCGACUUUGUCAAGGUUAGUUCCGACAAGACGCAUCUGGAGCUACAUGGACAACCUUUCAGGAUCGUGGGGGCCAACAGCUACCAUGUUCAGAAGGAGCCCACGCCGGAAGGUACCUGGUACAAGCCUAACAUUGAUCCUGAUGGAAUCGAUGGAUUGGACUGGGUGGUGGCUGAGGCUGGCAGGCUUGGUAUUAAGCUGAUCAUGAGCCUGACCAACUACUGGAAUGACUACGGAGGGAUGCCUCAGUAUGCUAGGUGGGCAACCGGCAAGAAAGAUGGCCGCGAGCGCGACAUGCAAGAGGAGUUCCUCAGAAAUGGCAAGGCUCAGUCCAUGCUGAAAGCUUACAUCCAGACUCUGCUGAACAGGGAGAACCCCUACACCAAGAAGUUGUACAAGUGA